UGCUCUUUCCUGGGCAUGGACAACAUGGGGAGUGGGGAAGGCCAGGGCCAAAUCCUGCAGCGCUUCCCAGAGAAGGACUGGGAGGACAACCCGUUCCCCCAGGGCAUUGAGCUGUUCUGCCAGCCCAGCGGGUGGCAGCUGUGUCCUGAGAGGAGCCCCCCGACCUUCUUUGUUGCUGUCCUCACCGACAUCAACUCUGAGCGGCACUACUGUGCCUGCCUGACCUUCUGGGAGCCAGCGGAGCCCACACAGGAAGGUGCGUGCACCGAGGGUGCACCAAGGGAAGAGGACGCAGACGAGGGAGGCCCAGUGCAACUGUCACCUGCCACAGCCGGCCCACCUGGCCAGCUGUUUGCUCCAAAGACGCUGGUGCUCGUGUCUCGGCUGGACCAUGCGGAGGUGUUCAGGAACAGCCUGGGGCUCAUCUACACCAUCCACGUGGAGGGCCUGAAUGUGGGCUUGGAGAACGUGGUCGGCAACCUGCUCACCUGCAUCAUCCCCCUGGCUGGGGGCUCGCAGCUGGACUCUGUUGAGGACGGAGUGAGAACCAUCUCUUUGGGGGCUGGUGACCGGCAGGUCAUCCAGACCCCAUUGACUGACUCCCUGCCCAUCAGCCGCUGCAGCGUGGCCCUGCUCUUCCGCCAACUGGGCAUCGCCAACGUGCUGUCUUUGUUCUGCGCUGCACUCACAGAGCACAAGGUGCUCUUCCUGUCCCGGAGCUACCAGCGGCUCUCCGACGCCUGCCGGGGACUCCUGGCACUGCUGUUCCCCCUCAGAUACAGCUUCACCUACGUGCCCAUCCUGCCGGCGCAGCUCCUGGAGGUGCUCAGCACACCCACACCCUUCAUCAUCGGGGUCAACGCCGCCUUCCAGGCAGAGACCCAGGAGCUGCUUGAUGUGAUUGUCGCUGACCUUGAUGGAGGGACAGUGACGGUCCCCGAGUGUGUACACAUUCCAGCCCUGCCGGAGCCGCUGCACAGUCAAACACACAGUGUCCUCAGCAUGGUCCUGGACCCGGAGCUGGAGUUGGCUGACCUCGCCUUCCCACCACCCACGGCAUCCGCAUCCUCCCUGAAGAUGCAGGACAAGGAACUGCGUGCUGUUUUCCUGCGGCUCUUUGCUCAGCUCCUACAGGGCUACCGCUGGUGUCUGCACAUGGUCCGCAUCCACCCAGAGCCGGUCAUCCGCUUUCACAAGGCAGCCUUCCUGGGCCAGCGAGGGCUGGUGGAGGAUGAUUUCCUGAUGAAGGUGCUGGAAGGCAUGGCCUUUGCAGGCUUCGUGUCAGAGCGUGGGGUCCCCUACCGCCCUACGGACCUGUUUGAUGAGCUGGUGGCCCACGAGGUGGCACGGAUGCGGGCGGAUGAGAACCACCCCCAGCGUGUCCUGCGUCAUGUCAAGGAGCUGGCGGAGCAGCUCUAUAAGAAUGAGAACCCAUACCCUGCUGUCACCAUGCACAAGGUGCAGAGGCCAGGGGAGGCCAGCCACCUGCGGCGGGCACCCCGGCCAUUCCCCAGGCUGGAUGAGGGCACAGUGCAGUGGAUCGUGGACCAGGCCACAGCCAAGAUGCAGGGUGCACCCCCGGCUGUGAAGGCUGAGAGGAGGACCACUGUGCCCUCGGGGCCCCCCAUGACUGCCAUCCUGGAGCGCAGCAGCGGGCUCCAUGGCAACAGUGCUCGACGACUGGAGGUGGUUCGGAACUGUAUCUCCUACGUGUUCGAGGGGAAGAUGCUCGAGGCCAAGAAGCUGCUCCCUGCAGUGCUGAGGGCCCUGAAGGGGCGCGCGGCCCGCCGCUGCCUCGCCCAGGAGCUACACCUUCACGUGCAGCAGAACCGGGCCGUGCUGGACCACCAGCAGUUUGACUUCGUCGUGCGCAUGAUGAACUGCUGUCUGCAGGACUGCACCUCCCUGGACGAGCAUGGCGUUGCAGCCGCUCUGCUGCCCCUGGUCACUGCCUUCUGCCGGAAGCUGAGCCCGGGGGUGACGCAGUUUGCGUACAGCUGUGUACAGGAGCACGUGGUGUGGAGCACCCCCCAGUUCUGGGAGGCCAUGUUCUACGGAGACGUGCAGACCCACAUCCGGGCCCUCUACUUGGAGCCUGCCGAGGACCGAGACCCCACCCAGCAGGUAGGGGAAGCACCUGCAGAGGACGAGCGCUCUGCCCUGGACGUGGCGUCGGAGCAGCGGCGCCUGUGGCCCACACUGAGCCGCGAGAAGCAGCAGGAGCUGGUGCAGAAGGAGGAGAGCACGGUGUUCAGCCAGGCCAUCCACUACGCCAACCGCAUGAGCUACCUGCUGCUGCCCCUGGACACUAGCAAGAGCCGUCUGCUGCGUGAGCGCGCAGGGUUGGGCGAUCCCGAGAGCGCCAGCAACAGCCUGCUCACCAGCAGCAUGGCGGGCAGUGUGGCAGAGAGCUAUGACACGGAAAGCGGCUUUGAGGACGCAGAGACUUGUGACGUGGCCGGUGCCGUGGUCCGCUUCAUCAACCGCUUCGUGGACAAGGUCUGCACAGAGAGUGGGGUCACCAGCGACCACCUCAAGGGGCUGCAUGUCAUGGUGCCAGACAUCGUCCAGAUGCACAUCGAGACCCUGGAGGCCGUACACCGGGAGAGCAAGAGGCUGCCCCCCAUCCAGAAGCCCAAACUUCUGCGGCCACGCCUGCUGCCUGGCGAGGAGUGUGUGCUGGAUGGCCUGCGUGUCUACCUGCUCCCUGAUGGGCGUGAAGAAGGCGCCGGGGGCGGCGCGGGAGGCCCUGCACUGCUCCCAGCCGAGGGCGCUGUCUUCCUCACCACCUACCGGGUCAUCUUCACGGGGAUGCCCACCGACCCCCUGGUGGGCGAACAGGUGGUGGUCCGCUCCUUCCCGGUGGCCGCGCUGACCAAGGAGAAGCGCAUCAGUGUCCAGACCCCUGUGGACCCGCUCCUGCAGGACGGGUUGCAGCUGCGCUCCUGCACAUUCCAGCUGCUGAAAAUGGCCUUUGACGAGGAGGUGGGGUCCGACAGCGCUGAGCUCUUUCGCAAGCAGCUGCACAAACUGCGGUACCCGCCGGACAUCAGGGGCACCUUCGCGUUCACCCUGGGCUCUGCCCACACCCCUGGCCGGCCACCCCGAGCCACCAAGGACAAGGGUCCCUCCCUCAGGACCCUGUCCCGGAACCUCGUGAAGAACGCCAAGAAGACCAUCGGGCGGCAGUAUGUCACUAGGAAGAAGUACCACCCCCCGAGCUGGGAGCACCGGGGCCAGCCACCACCAGAGGGCGAGGAGGACGCCAUCUCAGUGUCGGAGGAGCUGGAGCCCAGCACCCUGACCCCGUCCUCGGCCCUGAAGCCCUCGGACCGCAUGACCAUGAGCAGCCUGGUGGAGCGGGCGUGCUGCCGGGACUACCAGCGCCUGGGUCUGGGCACGCUGAGCAGCAGCCUGAGUCGCGCCAAGUCCGAGCCCUUCCGCAUCUCCCCGGUCAACCGCAUGUACGCCAUCUGCCGCAGCUACCCGGGGCUGCUGAUUGUCCCCCAGAGUGUCCAGGACAACGCCCUGCAGCGCGUGUCCCGCUGCUACCGCCAGAACCGCUUCCCCGUGGUCUGCUGGCGCAGCGGGCGCUCCAAGGCCGUGCUGCUGCGCUCCGGGGGCCUGCACAGCAAGGGUGUCGUUGGCCUCUUCAAGGCCCAGAACGCGCCUUCCCCAGGCCAGUCCCAGGCGGACUCCAGCAGCCUGGAGCAGGAGAAGUACCUACAGGCGGUGGUCAGCUCCAUGCCCCGCUAUGCUGAUGCGUCGGGGCGCAACACCCUCAGCGGCUUCUCCUCCGCCCAUAUGGGCAGCCACGUGCCCAGCCCCAGAGCCAGGGUUACCACGCUGUCUAACCCCAUGGCGGCCUCGGCCUCCAGACGGACCGCACCCCGAGGUAAAUGGGGCAGUGUCCGAGUCAGUGGGCGCAGUGGUGUGCUCGGUGGCGAUGUGGGCUCCCGGCUAGCAGGCAGAGACAUGCUGGCUCCCCCCCAGGCCAAUGGGGCCCCCCCUGACCCUGGCUUUCUGCGGCCUCAGCGUGCAGCUCUCUACAUCAUCGGGGACAAAGCCCAGCUCAAGGGUGUGCGGCCAGACCCGCUCCAGCAGUGGGAGCUGGUGCCCAUUGAGGUGUUUGAGGUGCGGCAGGUGAAGACCAGCUUCAAGAAGCUGCUGAAGGCGUGUGUCCCUGGCUGUCCUGCCACUGACCCUGGCCCAGCCUCCUUCCUGCGCUCGCUCGAGGACUCAGAGUGGCUGACCCAGAUCCACAAGCUGCUGCAGGUGUCGGUGCUGGUGGUGGAGCUCCUGGACUCGGGCUCCUCUGUCCUGGUGAGCCUGGAGGACGGCUGGGACAUCACCACCCAGGUGGUGUCGCUGGUGCAGCUGCUCUCAGACCCCUUCUACCGUACGCUGGAGGGCUUCCGCCUGCUGGUGGAGAAGGAGUGGCUGUCCUUCGGCCAUCGCUUCAGCUACCGUGGGGCUCACACCCUGGCCGGGCAGAGCAGCGGCUUCACACCUGUCUUCCUGCAGUUCCUGGACUGUGUGCACCAGGUCCACUUGCAGUUCCCCAUGGAGUUUGAGUUCAGCCCCUUCUACCUCAAGUUUCUUGGCUACCACCAUGUGUCCCGACGCUUCCGGACCUUCCUGCUGGACUCGGACUAUGAGCGCAUUGAGCUGGGGCUGCUGUACGAGGAGAAGGGCGAGCGCCGGGGCCAGCAGGCCUGCAGGUCCGUGUGGGAGUACGUGGACCGGCUCAGCAAGCGGACGCCGGUGUUCCACAACUACAUGUAUGCGCCCGAGGACACGGAGGUCCUGCGGCCCUACAGCAACGUGUCCAACCUGAAGGUGUGGGACUUCUACACGGAGGAGACGCUGGCCGAGGGACCCCUGUACGACUGGGAGCUGGCCCAGGGGCCUCCCGAGCCCCCGGAGGAGGAGCGGCUGGACGGGGGUGCCCCCCAGAGCAGGCGCCGUGUGGUGUGGCCCUGCUACGACAGCCGCCCGAGGGCCCAGCCCGACGCCAUCUCCCGCCUGCUGGAGGUGCGUGCAGCCGCCUCCCCACCGCUGGCGGAGCCCCUUUUGUGGGCUGCUGAGCACCCUAGAGCUUGUUUCCUUGUGGGGAAAGUGGAGAUGCUGAUUCCCGCCCGCGGGUGGGUGGUGAGGUGUAAACAGUUGUGGUAGCUCCGCAGCCCGCGCGGGGCCUGGCCGGCACGUGCGGGUCACCCCGGGGGCUGGGGAGCGCCGGGCUGUGGGUCUGUGGUGGAAGGUGUCCCCUAAGCCCAGGGAGCCGCAGAGAGAGUGCCUUUGUCGCUGGGAUCGUGCGUAGUCUUGGAGUCAUUUCCUUAGGACCUGCCCCCGCGUGGCCUGUCACUGUCUAUGCUUUGACUUCAGCUGGUCUGCGUCUACAUUUAAGAGGAGUUUCUUGUACUCAGCAUGUGGUUGGGUCUGCAUUUCAUCUAUUUUGACACUUUCUUUUAUUGGAAUUUUUAGUCCAUUUAUACUUAAUUAUUGAUGUGUUUGGGUAGAAGUCUAGCUUCUUGCUGUUUUCUAUUUUUUGCUCGCUCUUUUCUGGGGUUUUUUCCCCUAAUAACUGAGUGUCUUUAAGGAAUUCCAUGUUAUCUACUUUCCGAGGCCUUUGAACUAUACCUCUGUGGUAUUUGUACUGGUUGUCAGGGACUACAGUCAACCUUUGCAUCUGUGCUUUGAGUUACUUACGGUCAACCGCAGUCUGAAAAUCUUACAUGAAAAAUUUCAGAAAUAAAUGAUUCCUGACUUUUAAAUUGCG